AUGGGCAGAUUUAUUCGACUAGGAGCUCUUGCUUGCUUGUACCUGGGUGCGGAGUCCAAGGCAUUGAGAUGGCAAGAUGAUACCCCAAGCUGGUCUCCUCCUAAGCAGACCAUUGCCGCCAUGGACAUGUUGGAGCUUGGUUUCAGUCCCGCACCGACGGCGGCGCCUGACCCGGGUAACGUUGAGCUCAAGCUGGCCAAGCGUGUAAGAGGGGACGACACUUGUGGUUACAUCUCUGGAAUAUCCAGACGGCCAGAGUGCAAUACAUACGUCUACUCUGAUUCCGUCUUUUCCAAGUACACUCUCUUCAACUGCGCCGUCACCGAGGCUCGGAUCAUUGUCUACGCAAACCCAACAGAUACUACUGGCGACGCCACCACUGAAGCGACCACAGCCCCGACCUCUGAUCGCACCACCGAUGGUUUGUCCCCUAUCACCAGCUCCGCCUCUCCGAGCGCGGCCACAACCUCCGCCGCAUCAAGCGGCGGCGGCUCCUCCACCCCCAUUGGUGCCAUCGUCGGCGGCGUCGUCGGAGGUUUGGCAGUCAUCGCUCUGAUCGCCGUCGGCAUCUUCUUCAUCCUCCGCAGCAAGAAGAAGAAUAACCAGAACAACAACCAGGCCGCCCCGGGCACGUAUAACCCGCAACAACCCCCGCCAGGCCAACAGCCGCAGAUGUACCAGACGGCCCCGACGCAGCAACAGCAGCCUUCUCCUGGCGGCUACGCGCCCGCGCCCACCACGCCCGGCAACUUCCCGUCCGGCUUCACGCCCGUUGAUAACAGGCAGAGCAUGCUGAAGCAGCCGUACGACGUCAGCGCAGCGAGCUACGAUCACAACAAUGGCAUCAGCCCGCCCGCCAGCCCACCUCCCAUGAGCCCGUCGCCGACGUACCAGUCCGGUAUCCCGGCGUAUGCGCAGCAGGGGAGCGGACCUAGUCCGACGCAGGGCGGAUAUCCCGCGCCACAGCAGCAGCAACAACAACAGCAGCAGCCGCCGCAACAGUUUUACAAUGCGCCGCCGCCGGCCCAAACGCCGCCGCAGCAGCAGCAGCAGACAUCGACUACAUCCCAGACCCACUACCACCACAAUAGCUUCGCUUCUGAGUUGCCUGCUACGAGGGGGGACAGCGAGUUGCGCGAGUUGGCUUGA